AUGGGACCAUUGAUGCCGCCGGAAGGCGAGAACUCAGCUCGACCUCGAUUCGCACAAAGUUACUUCAUCGGAAUUGAACCCGAACUUCUCGCAAAACUUGAUCGACUGAUCCGCCAAUCAAACCCAUACUACACCCUCUUCCACACAGCUUUCAGUUUCCUUCAUGAAAACAGUGAACGGCAAAGUCUGAGUAUAACACCUCAGUUACGACUGAUUGGGAAUGAGGAGGGAGGCCGCCAGUAUGAUCUCCCGACUGGGCAAGUGGAUGUGGCAGCAUUCCUGCCAACAAUCCCUGAUGAAUACAGCCGCCGGAGUUACCGGGAUAUCCAAUCAUACCUGCGCCGGGCACCAGUCUGGGCUGGAGCAGCUUUGAAUCUGCAGAAUAAUCCAGCCACACAGGCAUUGACCCAGGAUGAGGUAGGAAUCAUACCAUUUGGAAACGAUGAUGAAGGCGAGGUUGUUGAACAUGGAGAUGAUGAGAUCCCUGAAGAUAACCGGGAUCCUUUCGAAGAGCCAGAGGAGUACCACGUCGGGGAGAGAUUCCUGAUCCGCAUCCAGCGAGACCAUGCACUCUAUAUGCCGUUGGCUCUGAAUCUGUUCCAACGGGCAAAUUUGUUGGUACAACAAUAUAUUGUUGAUGGAUGGGUGGCAGAAGAAGGCCGAAAACUUGAAUUCAUCCGCUACAAUCAAGAUAUCAUUCGAAGGUAUGAUGCCCAUAUGCGAGCGAAAGAGCUCGUGAAACUUCCCACCAGCUUGACAGGUUCCAAACGUUGGUUGCGGAUGAAGUUGAAGGACUCAAUGGCCCUACUGGAACACUACAAUCGCCCUGAGCUCUUUAUCACGGUAACAGCAAACCCAGACUGGGAUGAAGUCAAGGAUUCUCUCCUGCCAGACAAUGAUGGUACGGUUUCUCAAGGCCCCAGAGAUAGGCCUGACAUGAUUGCACGGGUGUUCAAUUUGAAGUUGAAAGCCAUCAUGAAAGAGAUUCAGGAUGGUAUCUUCCGGCCAUACCAGGCACAUGUCUAUGUGGUGGAAUUCCAGAAACGAGGCCUGCCGUACGCACAUAUGUUGAUAUGGUUGGCAGGAGGCCCGUACUAUGACCGGUCAGAAACAAUUGACCAGAUUGGUGUUCAUCGUGCUUUGUUUUCAAAUGAUGUCAGCUUGGGCUGCGACUAA